AUGCCUGCCACGGGAUUCGUGAGUCAAGACCCUGUGGCCGAGAAAACCGAACAAGGCGAUGUGUUAUUCGCAAAUUAUGGAACGACUGAAAUGUUGUAUACAGGAGGAUGUGCAGUUAUGGUAUUGGGAAUUUUAAUUGCCGCAUGUCAUAUUUGCGCAAAGAAAAAAUUGUUAUGGUUCAAAAACAAAAGCAAACUCCCUACUGCAGCAUCAGAACCACAUUUGGCAUUUUAUCAUCGAAAGCCGACCACAGCCGUCAAGGCCGUCAAAAACCCAACUGGAUCACAUUAUUUGAAAAAAAGCCCAAGCCCUACAGGCAGCAAAACCCCUGUUGGUGAUGGAAGUAUAAGCCCCACCGGAUCAGAGAAAACGUCUAGACAUUCACCAACUAUAAGCCCAACCUGUGAACAAAAAACUGUGCAGCCACCAACACACACGUUGUCAGUUGUCCAUGAGAAUGAAACAGAUAAUAAGUUAUCAUCGAAAAAUAAUCAGUCACAAAACGAAACCGGCCCAAAUGAUACACCUGGUAAAAUGGGAGUACUUUUUUUCAAACUUCGGUACAAAAAAGACAAAAAAGUUCUUCUGGUUAACAUAAACAAAUGCAUGGACUUAACACCUAAAGAGAAAAAUUCUGGCACUAGCGAUCCUUACGUAAAAUUGCAGUUAUUGCCCGAUAAGGAGCAUAAAGUUAAGACACGAGUAUUGAGGAAAACAAGGAAUCCAGUGUAUGACGAAGACUUUACAUUCUUUGGAAUUCAAACUAAUAAGCUUCAAUCUAUGACAUUGCAUUUCGCCAUUCUGAGUUUUGAUCGUUACUCCAGAGACAGCCUAAUUGGUGAAGUUUUCUUUACAUUGAAUGAAAAGGAUGUGUUGGAAUCGAUUGAAAAAGAACAAAUUUCUAUUCAAAAGGAUAUCAUACUUCGCAGUGUUAAACAGUCACAAAUCGCCAAUCGAGGAGAAUUAUUGGUAUCCUUAUGUUGGCAACCAGCAACCAGAAGAGUAACAGUUGUUGUGCUGAAGGCUAGAAAUUUACCUAAGAUGGACCUAACUGGACUAGCUGAUCCAUUUGUGAAGAUUAAUUUCUUAGUUGACGGAACACGCAUUUCAAAGAAACGGACUCACAUGAAGAAACGUACAUUGAACCCUGUUUAUAAUGAAUCAUUUGUGUUCGAUUUGCCUUCGACCGUUGUUGAUCUACAUAAUGUGUGUAUUGAGUUUUGUGUUUUCGAUCACGACAGAGUCACUAAAAACGAAAUUAUCGGACGAGUUUUAAUGGGACACCCGGACAAUCCAUCUGUUACCGCUGAACGUCACUGGAAAGAAGUAAUGAAUGCUCCGCGAAGGCAAAUUGCCGAUUGGCACAAAUUGGUUGUCUGA